GUUAGGGUAUUAGUUGGAGGAUGAGAGGUGUGAGCGCCGGAGAAUAUGGCAGAACGUAUAUGAUAUUAGCAUAAAACCCGAAACAUUGUUAGGAUUAUCUUAAUCUUCAUCGUGAGUCGUCAGACGUACCUUUACAAAGGACAAACAUUAAUUCAACCUUACCAGUCAUUAGAAAUGGGAGCCAAUAAAACAAGAAUGGUAGGUAGCUAUCUAGCUAACUCGAGUCCAGCUAGCUGACUACAGGCUCAGGUUCAUCUAAAUAAACUAGAUAGCUAGUAUUUAGAAUCUGUUGUUAGGUAACUGACUACAUGUAAUAUUACGGUAAAAUAGGAAGAAGACUUCAGGCAUAUAUUUUUCCCUUCUGAAAGACUGAAUAAAUAUAUGCAUGUUGUCACUCCCGCCGGUGGACUUUAUUCAUUCAGUUGCUUGUUGAAUGUCGAGGCCCGGAAUGGAGCCGGGGAGCUUGCGUGAAAGUCCGGCAGGAUCCGGAGGCCCUGAAGCCGGCGAGUGGCGGGAGGAGACGCCGGGGGGAGAGUCGAAGGGGGAGGCUGAGGGGCAGAAAGCUCGGGUUGGGGACGGUGGGGAGAGGGACGUCAUCAUGAUGAGGGACAUCGGGGACAAGGUGGGGGGGCAGUAUGAGAAAAAUGCAAAACUGGAUGACAAAACGGAAGAAGAAAAUGUCGAUGAGGAUGAUGAUGCAGAUGACAGCACAUAUGAAGAAGAGCUAGACCCAAGAAUUCAGGAGGAGCUGGAGCACCUGAAUCAGGCCAGUGCUGAGAUCAACCAGCUGGAACUGCAGCUGGAUGACGCGCGGUCGAGCUACAGAAGGAUCCUCUCAGACUCAGCCAGGAAGCUCAAUGCCCAGGGCUCCCAGUUGGGCUUGUGCAUCGAGAAGGCCAGGCCCUACUAUGAGGCUCGCCGGCUGGCCAAAGAGGCUCAGCAGGAGACACAGAAGGCGGCGCUGAGCUACGAGAGGGCAGUUUCUAUGCACUCAGCAGCUAGGGAGAUGGUGUACGUGGCAGAACAAGGGCUUCUUGCCGACAGGAACACCCUGGACCCCACCUGGCAGGAGAUGCUCAAUCACGCCACCGCUAAGGUGAAUGAGGCAGAGGAGGAGCGGCUCCGCAGCGAGAGGGAGCACCAGCGCGUCACACAGCUGUGCCAGGAGGCAGAGGCACGCGUUCAAACACUCCAGAAGGAACUCAAGAGGGUCAUCAUCAAGUCCAAACCCUACUUUGAACUCAAGGCCCAGUUCAACUAUAUCCUGGAGGAGCACAAGUCCAAAGUAGUGCAGCUAGAGGAACGUGUGUCCAAGGUGAAGACUCGCUAUUCAGUAGCCCUUCGCAAUCUGGAGCAAAUCAGCGAGCAGAUCCAUGCCCAAAGGGGGCGGAAACGAGCUGCAUACAAGAAGCCUAAAGCGUUCGGGGGAAGAAGCUCUCCUGUGGGGGCAGAGUCGGAGGUUGGGGCUUCAGGAGGAGCGGCGAAGGAGAACGACUGGGUGGACUGCGAGAAGACCAGGCAGUGGGUGGAGAAGCACAGGGAGAUUGGCUGGGGGCUGCGAGAGCGGGCCGAGGAGGCGGAGAGGGCUGGGUCCGAUUCGCUGUCCGUGGUCAGCCUGCGCACCAUCGCGUCAGACCUGGAGAAGUGCGACUCUGUGGAGCACCUGGGGGACCUGAGCGAUGUGGUCAGCCUGUUGGGGGAAGAGGCAGAGAAGGAGAGGGCCAGGAAUGAGACAUUCAAUGCGCUGAGGCAGGGACGGGUGGGAUGGGAAAGGGAGGGGGCAGUGGAGGGGGAGGGGGCAGGAAAGGAGAAACAGCGCAGCUUCCUUAAGCAGCACCACAGGAGCGUAAGCUUGUGAAAGCACUGUGCGGGAUUGGGGGGGUAAUGCAAGAAUCCUUGCCGAAAAGGAGGAGCUGAUCAGACAGAAACAAAAUGAUUCUGACUCAGUGGAGAAAAACAUAAGAGGAAGAAAAAUGAAGAAACAUUGAUACAGACUGACAUUGCGUUAAUUUCUAACACUUGUAAAGGAGACUUAAUACACUGCAGGCGCACUCAUCAUUGACAGCUGUAGAUAUAAUAGAUUAAACUGCCACCUCUUUCAGAACUCUUGAGUGGUAAAGCCCACACACACUAAAACUAGAUACUGAAUGAUAAUAUUGAUCUAUCGGUAUAGUUGCAAAUUCAGUAGCUCUGGCUGUUUUUCCGUUAAAGUACUUAUAUAUGGGUGAAUGUUGAGCAGCUACACUUUUCUGUUCUUUAUUGUAUUAUUUAAACUUGGAAAUACUGUGUUGUGUAUGUUCUUAUUAAUAUUUGCAUUUGGCAUAAAUAUUCACAGCAGGCUGGUCUUAAGAACGGGAUUGCCACCUUACAUGACAUUUUUGACGUUAUAGAGUAAAAGAACUACAGUGGUAAGUUCUAGUUAGUGAAAACAAAAGGUGUGUUUGUUGUGUCCUUGUUGCAGAAAUGCCGCAGGUUUCUGCAUAAUUUUCUAGGUGGAAAAUGAGCCGUAGGCCAAUUGAUACCCCUACGGAGUGUCAUAAAACAUAAGCUGGGCGAUCUGCAUUCUUUGGUCUUUCUGGGGUUUAAUCUUUUACACUUUGACAAGAAUUCUUCCGAAGUUGCUCUCUGUAAGGUAUUUUUAUCAAGCUCUGACCGCAAACACAUCACAAACAUUUCUCAUCGUAGUUCACCAUGACAUUAGGGAAUCAAUUCCUUUUCACCCUCCCGGAAACAGUAAAUACUCCUGACAUUCAUCAACCUUAAAUGUCAAACACAAAUCCUAAGUGCCUUUAUGCCUGAAGAGAAUAGAUAAGAUCUUGAGGUGUGAAGUUUUACCUUUUAAAAUCAACACAAAAAAUCUUUAAAAUAAUCUUUAAAAAAGAGCAUUUUGAUCAUUUAACCUUAUGACUUCAUCUGACAAUUUGUAACAUUGAGUUUACACGUUGGUGCAGUUCUUUGACAAAAUGUUUACACAGCAUGAUGUAUGAUAGUUUUGAUUCUGAAAUCUUCACUUGCCUCUCACCCAUGUAUGAUGCCAUUUAAGUGUUUACGGUUGACAGUUUUUUGCUCUUGUUUUCCCCACUGCAUAGUUCAGCGUUACAGCUUAAGAGUACGGUAGAGCCGGAGAGAGCGGAAGUUCUUGAGUUAAAAGUGGCGGGCCGUCCGCAAGGCAGGAAUCCACCGAACGUUCACUCCUCGGGCAUGAAGACUUGAGCGCUCCCCUUCUGGAUUUCAGUCACAUCCUGUUUCAAGGGCAAGGUUGUUCUCUGAAAACAAAGAAGAUGAAUUAAUAUGAAUUUGAAUUUUUAUUGACAAAAUGCCUGUGAAAAGCAGCAGUUUUACGUGGUUUGAUAUUCAAACACUUGGUAAUUUUUUUGUUUUGCUAUUUAUUUUCUUGGAGGACUUCAAAUUAGUGUCAUGUUCAAGGAGGUACUUGUAAUCGGCACGGCGUCUCUCCCAGGUGCCCCUGAAGCCGUACGAAAAAGUGUGGUGAAAAUGAACAAAGUUUUUGAAUUUGGAGGAGCGUGCGUCUUAACCCUGGUCCUGAGAGUCCUUGAGGUGUCUCCGUUUCUUCCACAGCCAAUUAGUUGUUCUGUUGAUACGGUCCAACUUGUUUCCCUUUCCUGAGAGGCAAAAAUUGGUGUUUUAAUUGGCUGGAUUGUGGCCAUCAGGAGCUCAGAGCACCGCACAAAGAUCAGAGGGUAGCUUUCCAAGAGCCAAAGCUGGAGGCGCAGUGCUAUUUGUAAUUUUGUACAUACAUUUUCAUGUUCAGCGGAGACUCUUAUCCUUGUGCUCUUGAUAUCGGUGUUCAGACACACUGGAAAUUUCUGAAAGUGUAACUUAUACUGGGUAGUAUAUAUCUUUUCUCCUUCUACUUGUACUGUCUGUCCCAUAUUUGUGUUUUAUCCCUUAAUCCUCCUUACUGUAUGUUCACUCUUUUUCAUUUCCGUUCCUGUUUUCAAACAUCCCUUCCAUUUAGUUUUUUUUAUAUUCCAAGUGCUCUGUGCUGCUUCCUGAGUGCCCCACGCUUUUCCCCUCCGUAAUCUAAGGUUCUCGACCAGCAUGUUGGCAAAUGUCACCACCGCAGCGUUCCACGUCGUAGGGUUGAAGCCUUAGAGGCAAACGCGAUCCAGCACUCCUUCAAACUCUUGUUUCGUUCACUCUUUUCCUCAUCGGUUUCAAGUGAUGUCUGUUGAAAAUGAAG